CUCCCGAUAGUCGUUGUCCUUGACUAGAGUUCUUUUUGUUUUUAGACAGCCCACUAUAUUCUGCCGUCAAAACAACAGAAAUCUGCCUGCCAGCCUUCCUCUUCACUUGAGCCCGUCUCGUCCUAUCAGCAUAAUGGGGUCCUCAUACCGCACCGAAGAUAACGGCAAGAUCUCCGACCUUCCCCAGCUGCACCGCUACAUCACCGGCCACAACGCCGAAGGAAAGGCCAUUGUCCACAGCCAGAACGAUUUUGAGUGGAAGUCGUUCGCCGAAGGUGAACUCGCCUUCAGCGUCGCCUACACGACAUCCGAAUUUCCAGUCAAUCUCAACAAAGACGCCGACGUGGCGGAGCAUACACGGGUGCUGGAGUCGGGAAACCUCGGGCUGGUCAACCCGAGCGGUACCGUUUUCCGGUGCGUGGACUUUGCGCCUGGCUACGCAUGCGGAAUGCAUCGAACGCAAAGUCUCGACUACGGCAUCGUGCUGGAGGGCGAGGUUGACAUGGUGCUCGACAGCGGCGAGGUGCACCCAAUGAAGCGGGGCGACGUUGCGAUUCAGCGGGCGACUCAACACCAAUGGGUCAACAAGAGCAAGACGGAGUGGGCGCGCAUGAUGUUUGUCUUGCAGGAUUGUCAGCCACUGGUUGUUGAUGGUCAGGAGUACAAGGAGGACUUGGGCACCAACUCGGGUUUGCCACCUAGCGGAAACUGAUUCUGGUCGUCGAUGGUAACCGAUGCGUGGGGGAUAUACGGUGUUGUUAACGCAGUAGCUGGGGGCUUUGUACAUCGAUUGCAAGAAGCAGACGGGAGUUUCCUUGUUGGUUGAGCUUCACGUGUUGUGAAUGUCGAGGAGAAACGCCCCAUUUGUUUGUUUACUGGGCGAUAAGCUGUUAUCGGAUGUCUACUGUGCAAAUGAAAAGUCCACUGCUGGGGUCCUGCUAGCCUGCAGCUCGGAC